AAAUACAAAAUGAGCAAGAAAAUGUGGCACAAAAUAUUCAAAUCAAAGUCGCAGAAGCAGCAGCAAUUGAGUAAAAUCAAUAAGCGUCACAGUCGCGGCAUCUACGAGGAGUAUCAGCAAUUAAACGAGCUGCUCAAUGGUGAAAAAUCGCAGGCCGGGCGCUUUUCCAGUGAAAAUGAAAAUGAAAACGAUAACGAAAAUGGCAAAGCCAACGGCAACAGCAGCGGCAGCGGCAACAUCAAUGUGUUCGAGCAGCAGCCGCUGCAAAGUUCUUUCAACUCGCUGGCGCUUAGUGAGGCGCAACAGCAGCAGCAACAGUCGCAGCAGCAGCAGCAACAGCAACAACAAUCGCAACAGCUGUCAACAUUUUCGCGCGUACGCAACACCUUCUCACUGCGACGCAACAGCAGCAGCAACAACAACAACAGCAGCAGCAACAAGAAGCAAACGCCCAAUGCCAAGUCAACCACAAUGGAUUCCGAUGGCAAUUUGGAUGAUGAGCCAGUGGGUCCCAAGCCGGGUCCACUCACCACAGGCUUCUCCGAGAUCAUACAGGAGCAGGAGGUAGUCUGUAGCGGCCAGCUACUAGCCUGUCCCAACUGCAGUCGCACCUUCAAUACGAAUGCACUGCGCAAACACGUCGUCGUCUGCGAGAAGAUGCUGAAGAAGCGCAAGGUCUUCGACUCGUCGCGUCAGCGCCGUGAGGGCACAUCCCUGUCCACCUAUGUGCUGCCCAAGAAUUUCGGGCUGCCCAAUGCAGAGAAGGCGCCGGGCGUACACACACCGCCCUCAGCCAGCCGCGAGGCGUCCACCGUGUCGAGCAGCGGAGUGCCGCAUGAGGCCUCGCCACUAUCGAUACGCCGUAAAAGCAAGACGGAUAUGACGCGCGCUUCCUUGCGCAAGGGAGCCGGCGCCACUACAGCUACCGUUGGUGUUGCUGCUGCCGGUCCUGCUAAUGCCGAGCCUCAGGCAACAUCAGCGGCAUCUGCAACCGCUCCGCCAACAUUGAGCCGUGAUCGUACACGUGCCUCAGACCGUUCCAUAACCAGGCGCAUCAAGGACACCGCCACGGAGCACUGUCCGCACUGUGAGCGCAACUUUAAUAUCAAGGCUUUCGAUCGUCAUGUGGAGUGGUGCAAGGAGAAGGCCAUUCAGGCGAACAUCAAAUCCAACAAUACCGCGGAGACAAACAAGGCCAAGGAGCGCAUGGAGGCGCGCAAGAAGUAUCGUCCACCCAAUCUCAAAACCAAGCGCUCUAUCAAUCGGGACAAGUACUCGGGUGCCCAGGAGGAGCACUUCGAGCCAGAGCCAGUUGCUACGAAGCAGAAUUUAAUGACACUCUCCACCAUGACGUCGUCCGUACAAAGUGAUAACUCACAAAGAAAUGCACCGCAGCAGCGUCCAGGAACGCCACAAGGAUUCGAUGCACCCAAGGGGAAAGCAUCGAUGGGCCAGAGCAAAGCGGCAGCACGCAUGCUCACCGAGGAAUCGUCGAGCGUUGUCUACCACGAGCAUGGAAGACGCAAACUGCAGUACGAUGCUUGCCAGGAGAUCGAUGAGGCCGUGGAGCGCCUGCGUCAUCCAUCCUACGAGCAGCUGGCCCAGUUGGAUUGCGUAGAGGCGGCGCACCUGCAGCCAGCCCGAUCCCAUCGUCGACCCUCGCCCCAUCGUUCGAAGUUCGACUCUACCGAGUGCAUGGCCGGGCAACCCCAAGUCACGAUGACUUUCGAGGAGCUCAACGGGUUGAUCAAAUGCAAAGGUGCCACAAACAUUUGCAACAUUCAAAUGGAUAUUGAGGAGCAGGUGGCGCCCAAGGUGCGCACAUCCACAUCGCUGGUGCGUCAGGCGCGUCGCCGCAUACGCACCCAGGAGAACCCCAAUAUUCCUCUGCGCCAGCUGGAGCCACCGACCGAAUUCAUGGAUCAACAUCAUCAUCAACGUCAGCGCUCGUCGCACUCCCCAGCCUCGUUCCGUCGCAUUUCCAACGAUCGCUACUCGGGCUCCGAGAGCGAGGAUGCUUUGCCGCAUGCUGAAAUACAGAUUAAGAUGGAGACGAGCACCAUCCAAAGCCUGAGUCGUCCGCGGAAGCGCAUUCAGCUGCCGGUCAUCAUAAAUAGCUCGGAGCCAAUGCGCGCUCUGCCUCUGCCUCUGCCUCUGCCACCGGCCAAGCAGAAGCUAGAGGCGAAGGCCGACAAUUUUCUGCCGGCGAUUGAUAUGAAGGGCGAGGUGCAGACGGAGAUGAAGUCUGAUGAGGAAGCUGAACAGGAUUACGAUGAGGAGGACAUAGAAGUUGGCAAGCUGCUUAGCAAGGCCAAGCUACUCGAAGGCCAAUACGAUGACGAUAUCGAUGACUCUGUCUACGGCGAGGUGGAGCCGCCCGCGGCGCCAGCCAGCGUCAAGAAGCGCGCGACACCAAGCAAUGUUAGCCGCCGUCUGGUAGUGCUGGAGCAGGACGAGGAAGGCACCAUGUACAUCAAGGCACCGCGCUCCCCAACCAAUAGCAAGAAAUCGGCCAAAGCGCCCAUCAAGAGCGGCCUCAAUCCGUCGACUAGCGACAAGUACGAUCCGUUUUUGUCCGCCAAGCGCCAGCUGGAGGAGCUCUGCUCGCCCAGUACCCCACCCGACAACGAGCCACUGGUCCACACAACAGCCACACCAGCACCCACACCGACAGCCACACCCACAGCCAUCAUGUCCACCUCGCUGACUAGCUCGCUGGGCAAAGCGACGACGCCAUCCACGACGGCACCGAAGGGCACGCCCACAUCCAACUUUCGACGCACUUCGUCCCUGCGCGGACCUCGUCGCACACCAUUGCUGCCCAGCCGUCCGCUCUUUGCCACCAACUAUCGGCCCACCAUCCAGCGCGGCCUCUCCGACGAGGGUCCCAUCUCGAGCAACUUCCUCAAGCCGGAGGAGUACGACGAGAUGCCCGUGCGUGCUGCGUGCGGCAAUGAUUUCCACAGUCCGCGCGUUGUGCGCCGCGAUACGAGCAACUCGAAUCGCAAGCAGCAAAUGAAACUGCCUCUUAGUGGCGACACUGAACCGGACAGCACUUCUACGUCCAAGCAGCAGCAGCAGCAGCAGGCGCCGCCGGCACGUAACGUGGCCAAGACGGACUCCUUAGCCGUGUUCCUCAAGUACGAGCACGAGCUGGAGCAGCUGAAUGCGAAGGCUGCGGAGGUGGCUGCCAAUAGCAAAGAGCUGAGCAGCAAGGAGCUCAAAGACAAGAGCAACAAUCUGAGCAAGCAGAACUCGGCCAAGAGUCUAAAUGCCAACUCAAGCAGCGGGCAGCUGCCGCCGCUAACGACGCCCAUUUGUCCGCCAGUGGCCAAGGAGAACAACGAGAACGUGGCACAUAACUUUGCCACGCCGCUGCGCCUGGACCCCAUCGUCAAGCCGCCACAGAAUCUGAUCAACAACAGCAACAGCAACAACAACAACAGCAACAGCAAUGGUGGUGGCAAUGCGGUACCGUCGCCCAUCAAGCUGGAGAGCAUCUUUGGCAGCAAUCGAAUAGCCGAUUACAUAGAUCCCAAGCUGAUCAAUCCUUGCGAUAAUCUGCUGGUGCAGCAGUCAUCCACUGGUUCCUCCGAUGCCAGCUCCACGCCACAGCAGCUAUCGCAGAGUCGCAGCAGCUCGCAGUCAACCAUAACGAUGGGGCAGGAGCAGCGCCGUCAUUCCGGCGAGGCGCGUAAUCUGCUAAAGCGUAAGAUGCGCCUCGGACGCAAUCAGUUUCUGUACGAUGCUUCGCCAGAGGAGGCGUACAUCUCGUCCGGCAGCUGCGCUGAUGAUGAGGCCAAUCGCUCAUCGCUGGAGUUUGACGAGCAAUGCUGGCAGCAGCAGCAGAAGCAGCUGCUCUCCAAUCCACUGAAGGCAAUGCCGCUGACGCUGCCCAAUAUGCCAGUGCUGCCCACAUUUGAUGACUUCGACUUUGAGGAAUUUCUGUCAUCAUUCGAGAACGAGAAUGAUGACGAGCAAUUUCCGCUGUUCCGCGACUGUCGCGAGUUCCUGCUGAAUCGCACGACGAGCCGACACCGCUCGUUCCAGAAAGCGACUUCAACGCCACAGCCACAACCACAGCCACAGCCACAACCACAAUCCCGUACACAGACACAACCACCGACGCCGACAGCCACACAAAGACCAGCGACGACCUCUGGCAUUGGGUCUCAGUUUAUAACGCCACCUAAGACCCACUACUAUACUUCCAGCACUAAAGAGCCUCAUGCCCACAGGUCCAAUUCGAAUACAUCAAUUGGCAACGAAUCAUUCAAGUCUCCACAGGCCAGCACUGGCUCCUACAAGACACCAAAUGGCAGCGGUUCCUACAAGACAUCGCCGACUACCGCCUUCAAGUCGCCGUUGUCCAGCAGCGAUGAGAAGCUCGACCGCCAGCUGUCGAAUGUCUCCGCCACCAGUAGCAGCAGCAACUGCUACGUGGAGAAGACGCAGAAGUCUGUGGACGAAUCGAAGAAACGAGAAAUCUUUAUUAGCAUUGAAACAGAGGCCAAUGCCCAGGGGCGUUCGCCCAUAUCACCGGACUCUCUGCGUCACAUGGUUGGCAAUGCACAGACGCCCAUUGAUGUGUUGCAUAUUGAGAACGGCAACGAGCCGGAGCAUGCCAAGUUUAGUAAGAUCAGCGACAACGAGGAUCAGAUCGAUGAUGAGACUAGUCGCGCUCAUUAUCCGAAUCGGCUGAGCCCAGCUGUGACCUCGCCAUUGCCCAAUGUCGAGGCAAACAAUGCGAAGAAUGUGAUAGAGAAAAUGCGUAACGAUUUCAAGCAGCUGGGCGAGGAGGCAAGCGCCUCGGUGCGCCGCGAUAUCUUGCAGCGUCAGGAGCAAGCGCAGCAAAAGCAGCAGAUGCCAACACAGCAGGAAGUAAAGGGAAUGACGCCAUCGCCAUCAGGAGAUUCAGAUGAAUUAAGUAGCCUCGAUGGAUAUCCAAUGUCCUCAUCGCAAUCCUCACGUCGUGGCGGUAGCUCCAAGCUUAGCACCGACUCAGCUUAUGGCAGCAGCAACUCUCCAUACUGUCUGUCCCGUCAACGCUCCACUGAGCUGCAGUCGAACAUGAGCACACCGCGUACACCGAGCCAAUUGCGUCCACACACGGCCAGUGGAGCCAUCGCAAUGUCCACCAAGCAGCCCAGCAACAUGAUGGAUGCCUCAACACAGGCACAAAGCAACUAUGGCACAUUGAAGGCGCGCCAGCGCAUGUUUGCACCGAAUGGUCUCGGCAUUUGUAACGAUUCUGGCAAUGGCAACAUGGAAUAUUCCAGCAGCAGCUCAGAGCAGCUGAUGCAACAGCAACAGGAGCAACACCAACAGCAUCACAAGCAAAACACAAAUUACAACUACAUACAGCAGCCGCAGCAGCAGCAGCAGCAAUCUCUGCCUCAGGUAGCCAACAAUAACAGCAGUAACUAUGAGCUAAACGCAUUGAACUUAAAGAACAACAAUUGUAAUAGUGUAGGUGUUGGUUUAACACCUACAACAUCUCAGCACUCGCUGCAAAGCAACAAUUCGAAUGUUUCUGUGAAAAUGUCCAAGUUCUGCCACGAAUGUGGCGCCAAAUUUGUGCUAGAGCACGCCAAGUUCUGCAUGGAUUGCGGCGUUCGACGCGUCGUGCUCUAAGUUCAGCAAAAAAAAAUAAUAAUAAUAAUUAUACAUACAUACA